AUGUCCCUCCACGAAGCCCUCCACGCCCUCGGCCCAACAACAUGGGACGAAAUCCCCAAAUCCCAACCCGACCUCCGCGCCUACCUCUCCACCCUCGCCCAACAAGCCCGUACCAUCAUCGCUUCCGUUCCUGAACCUCCCCCCUCCUCACACGACGAUGACGAGCACCGCCACAAGAAAGAGAAAGAACUCAAACACGGACAUACAUACACCGUAACGCCGUCAUCCACACGCCUCGGCACCUCGGACCCGGAGAUGUUGUCGCUGCAGAGGCAAUGGGGGAAACCGCUUAAGCCGGGGAAUUCGCGGGACAACCCACACGAAAUACCGCUAUAUAAGCUGCAUGCAGGCGAUGGAAAAGCGACGUGGUUCGGGAGGAGGAGUGUGCAUGACGGAAUGCCGUUUGAGCGGUGGAGGGGCAAGUUAUCGUCUGAGCUGGAGGAAACGCUACGGUUGAAUGAGGGCAGGUUGGAGAAUGGGCUUGCGCCAGAUAAGGUUGUCAGGGGGUUAGGGGCUGCGAAGAAGGUUGAGAGUGUUGAUGUGACGGAUCAAGGGGAAGAGGGGAAGGUGAUUGGGGGUAUUAGGGUGUAUGAUAUCUGUGCACAUUUCCCGAAGCCCACGACAGCGAGGGAUUUCGUGCAGGUAAAUGUUUCUUGGGAGGAGGGUGUUGAGACGCCUGAGAAUGGCGAUGGAGGGACGAGACGAUGUCGGAGUUGGUUGUCGAUUUCGAAGCCGUGCUCGCAUCCGGAGUUGCCGCCGCAGGAUGGGUAUAUUCGGGGGCAGUAUGAUUCGUUGGAGUUUAUUAGGGAGAUUCCGCCUGUGGCGGCGGAGGAUAGGAAGGGUAUGACUGCGAGUGAUCCGAACCUUGUCCAGCAUGAGGGUAUUUCAGAGUCGUCGAAGGACGGCAAAAAGGAUAAGAAGGGGAGAAAGAGGGGGAAGACGGAUACUGCUUCGGAGGGAAAGCAUGAUGAUAAGGGUGAGCAUGAUGCUGAUGGCAUUGUUGAAAAGGACGAAGCGAACCCAUACCCCGUUGAAUGGAUCAUGGUUACCAGAAGUGACCCCGGGGGAAGCAUCCCCCGCUGGGUGAUCGAAAAAGGAACACCAAAGAGCAUCUGGGGCGAUACAGUCAAGUUUAUAGACUGGGCUAGUCGGGAUGACGAGGAGGAUGGUGGUAAACCAUCCAGCCUGCGCAGCAGCAGCGCCAAGCCGUCAGGCAUGAACAAAGAUCUCAACGACGAAGACGAAGACGAAAAUGAAGAAGACGAGAUCCACGAACAAGAACAGCGAAACGGCCUCAUCGCCAACUUUGCCUACUUGCUUAAUGCAGGACUAGAACGCUACGCACCACAAGCAAUUCUCGACUACGUACCCUACCAGCGCAGAUCCUCACUCAGCUCUGAUUCGAGUGGUUCCGAAGAGUUCGACGAUGCGUUGUCUACGGCAAGCACGCGGUCUAGCUUGAAACAGAGGAGUAGCUCGAAGGCUCGUGGGGAGACGGAAUCUCAGAAAGAGGGCUCAGACAUCAGCCAUUCCAACAUCGCACCCGUUGAUCUGAUGCAGAUGGAUAAGAAAGCCGGGAAGCUGAAUUCGCACGAGAAACAUCUUGCUAAACUUGCGCAAAAAAAACGCGAUAUUCAGGCGAAGUUGGAGGCUGUACGGACGGAGAUUGAAGCCUUAAAGUUGGACGCUAGUGCCAGCGCUGGUGCUUCUGGCGACGAAAAAGAAAAAGAAACAGAUAAAGAAAAGGAAAAGAGGGAGAAGAAAGAGAGGAAAGAAAAGGAGAAGCAGGAGAAGCAAGAGAGAGAAAGGGAGAAGAAAGAAGAAAAGGAGAGGGAAAAGAGAGAAAAGCAAGAAAAGCGCAAGAGCAAAAAGGCUCCAGAAGAACCUUCCGUCCCCGAAACACAACUCCAAUCCCGACCCGACAGCACACCGGCCCCCGACUCCGACUCCAAGAGCACAGCCACAAGCAACCACCAACCCCCUUCCUCCGAAGACCUCCCCCGGCCCAGAGAAAAACAAGAACGCCCCAAACACAACCGCACAGUAUCAACAGCAUCCCACCGUUCCGCCGCGCAAAUCCACAAAGCAGCCUCGGGCCUCUUCGCCCAAGAAUCCAAACUCCUCAAACAACUCGGCAAGAUCGAGCAGGACCAGCUCAAGGAGGCUUCGAAGGUCGAAGCACGGCAGAAAAAACAGGCUGAGAGGGAGGAGAAGAGUAGGUCGCGGAUGGAGAUGGAUGGAAUGAAGAAAGAAGUUGAUGAGUUGAAGAAGGAGGUUGAGAAGCUUAGGAAUGAGAGGCAGCAGUAUGUGGAUUUGGUGGCGAGUUUGCAGGGGGAGAAUCAGAGGUUGGGGGGACAAGGUGGGCAGGUUGAGGGUCAGGCGGGUUGA